AUGAAUAUGAAUAUGACAACAUCAAUUAUAUCAAAGCUUACAAGCUUACGAUCAAAUGAUAUCGUACCUUCGUUGAAGCAAUUCAUUCCUUUUGUAGUAGACAGAUUUGAAAAGGUACCAAAGAUGGAUAAGAUUAUAUUAAGUACUAUAUCUGGUUCAUUAUUUUGCUAUUAUGCAUAUGGAGUACUUGUUAGUGAUGAAUUACCUAGGUUCAAAAGAGAAGCACAGAGAAUUAUAGAUGAAACACAUGCCUUUGCUACAUUGGGAGAAAUGCCAGCUAGUGGUGCCGAUGUCAAUGAAUUGUUGGAGGAUUUCAGAGUAUUGUCAAGUGCUCUUCACAACCUUAGUUUGGUGAGAGCUAUGGCCACUCGAGCCAAUGCCAUCAAGUUGACACAAAUCAUCGAUGUAUCAUUCCGAUCAAUGGCUCACAUUACCUCUUGCGGUUUACCAUUAUCAGAAUUACAAGUGGAAUUAUACUUUGAAUCAAUGAUGCAAGAUUCUAGGAUUGCUGAUGCAUUUAAUAUUUUAGAGGAAAUCAUUUUAGAAAUUAAAUUGACAAAGAAUAUACCAAUCAAAGAAAUGAUAGAAAUCUUUCAACAAAUUCCAUCUUAUCCAAUUUUAGUUAGAUUGUGUUAUGCUUUUUCUUCACUUAUUAUUUAUCGUCCUGAAACAAUUCCAUUAUUAAUGUCAUGUAAUGUUGGAAAUGUUAUGUAUUUACUUAUAGAUGGUGAAAAGGAUAAUGAAUUUUGGGAUCUUAGAAAGGCAAUGUUCACAGUUGUAUCACAUUAUACAAACCAAGAAAUUAUAUAUCAUGCCCGGGAACCGGUAUUCCAAAAAUCACUUUUAAUUGCCAAAAAACAAAUCAAUGAUGGUCUGGUUGAAGCAUUAGACUUUAAUCGUGUACUAAGAAGACUUGAUGCUCCACUUUCAUACGCAGCUGGGCAGUGGGUCUAUACAACUGCAGUUCUCUUUGGUGCCUAUAUUGGUGUACGUAACAACCCAAAAUCUAUCGGAAUACUCAUUGCCUCUAAUUUUAUUGGCUAUGGUAUAGCCCUUACCGUUCCCCAAUUCUCUGCAUCCUUUAUGAGAAACUCUCAUUACAAAGAUUUUGCUUCUAGAUUUAUGGAAAAUGAAAAUAUUGGUCAACAAUUAACAAAUUCAUCUUUUCUUCAAAGAAAUGAAUAA